AUGGCCGCCGUCGCCCACGGCCUGCUGCUGCCGCUCGUCAUCGCCCUCGUGCUCUACCUCGCCGCCACCCUCUGCGUGCUGCCGUUUGUGCGCCGCCACCGCUCGCGCUACUCGCAGUACCUGCCCGUGCCCACCGCCAUGGCCGACCACGCCUCCUCGUGGCGCACCAAGCUGUCCGACGCCCUCUACACCCUGUUCAUGCCCUCGACCUGGACCCGCCGCCCCGCCGUCAACCUGCACGACGACGACUCGUCCGACUUCGACGACGAGGAGGGCGAGGGCAUGGUCGGCUUCGACCCCGUCGACGCCCAGCGCCGCGAGGCCCUGGACCAGCGCCGCAGCAUGGUCCAGGAGGAGCGGCGGCUGGGGCGCGAGCUGGAGCAGGGCUUCAAGGACGACAGCGACGACGAGCACGGAGACGACUCGAGGUCGAGCCUGUCGUCGCUGAGCUAG